CGAGGCCAUUUCAGUUUCGAUGAGCCAGAAAAGCGGAGGUAAUGUUCGACCAGUUCGACGAAAAUGAAGAAUUCUCUGCCUUUAGAACGUUGAAUGCUAACGACUUCAACGGGUUCUAAUCAGCAUCGGAACAAGUUUGACGUGCAUGACUGAACAAGCUGCGUAGUCCGCGAAACGCAAGAAGCCGCGACGUAAGCGCCGCGUCUCCCGCGAUUUCUGACGCAACACGUGCGAGACGCCAUAUUAGUUUCGAUCGCCGAGCGAGGAAGACGUGCGCAAUGUGACAUCGCUGCGACAAAAGUGAAGUGAUAAAGUGUAAAACGUUAACGACUAACCAAUUAUUGGCAUCGGGAAAAGUGUGUCGUGCACGACUGAAUAAGCUGCGUAGUCUGCGAAACGCAGGAAGCCGCCGGACAUAAGUGCCGCGUCUCCCGCAUUUUCUGAUGCAACACGUGCGAGCCGGCAUACUAGUUUCGAUCGCCAAACGAGAAAAACGUGCGCAAUGUGACAUUGGUGGGUUGCAUCAGGAAAAGCGUACGUGCACGACUAGACAAAGCCCUCGGAGAAGCUGCCGAGUUCGCAAAGAACGUCUUGACCGCUCUGCAUGCUCACUCAUUGUUCGCGCCUUCUCACAUAUCAGCUCCGUCAACCUCUUUCAUUAUCUUCUUUAACAAAGAGGAACAAUGGCCGACGAAGGAGUCACCGAAAUUCUACGAGAGUUGUAAUUGGAAGACUUAAAUGCUACCUUCGAAAUCAAUAAAAUAUCGUUGGCAGUUCUACCAAAAAUGAACGAGGAGAUGAUAAAUUCUUUGAUACCAGCCAUAGGAGAUAGAGCCGUUUUUCUUGAUUAUUGGAAAAAAAAUUUUAAGGAAAAAGAUACUGAUAACAAUUCAAAGGAGGCUGUGAGUAGCAAGAGAAAACAGAGGGAUGAUAACAAAGGCGAAGGCAGUAGUGCACAAAAAAAAAAAAAAAAAUGCGUUGAAAAAGAAAAUGACACCAUCAGUGCCAAUAACACUUUAUCCAGUGACAUUUACAAUGUAGCUUCAAUUCCUUCUCUAAAAAAACUCCUCGAUGCAAAUGACAAAGGCAGACAAGUCCUUCUAAAAUAUGAUUCAUGCAAAGAACUCGAUGAAGUGGACAGGAAAAAAAUCUGUAAUGUAAUUGUAACAGAAAUUAUGAAUAAGAAACAAAGAUUAAUUAAUGACGUUGCAAAACAAAAUUGUCGAGUUAUUUCAGACGGAAUCUGUCAGAACUUACUAUGUACCGCCUAUAAGUAAACAAGAAAAUGAGAAGAAGCUACAGAAAAGUGGGGGUGCGAAAAAAAAAGAAUAUGUCCAUUCCAUCUAAAGGAAAGCUUAUGAAGUCUGAAGAAGACAAUGAGGAGAUUAAAGAAAGCGUAGACUGGUUGGCCGCCAAUGAAGUUCCUUGGGACUUAGUGUUAUCACACUGGAAAAAAAACUACAAAAAUCCGCUGCAAAGAAUUAAAAGAAGAACAAAACAAAAACUUAAAGCUUGGGAUACAUUUUUUGAUAUUGUAAAAAUCAAAAUAAACGAAAGAGAUGGAACGGCUGUUACGUUAAAUCAAAAACUAAGCCAUGCUGAGAAUUCCGAUUCCAAGGUACUUUUAGGUUUGGCCUUGAUAUGUCACAUGUAUCCUGCAAAACAAAUGAAGCAAAUUCAAGGAAAAGCUCAUAGGCCGUCGAUCGGACUGUCUAAAGAAAGCAUGUUUAAAAUUGCAGAAACCCUGGAGAUAUACAACGCGUUAAAGAGACUGCUAAAACAAAGGCAGUUGCACAAAAGUUACCUAUUCAACCCUAUAUUUUAGUAGUAGGCUCAUUGGAAGAGGUUGAUGACGUAUACAUUUGUAUAGAUGAGAAACUAUACAAAGUGAACAGCAUUUUGCAAGCUCUCGAUAUUUCUUUUAAAGCAUUUCACGUGUUUAAUCUCCAGUAUCCUAUCUCUAGUGAACAUGUAUGGCUUAUGAUUCAAAAAGGUAUUUACAAAAUCAGUUUGCAGUAUGAUCCAGUAAUUAGUUCUAUUCAACAUGUAUUGAAGAAACUUAACGACGAAGAGAACCAGGCCACGUAAAGUAGCUUUCCUUAAUUUAUAACUUUAUUUUUGUUAUUUAAAUAGUAUUCAGUGAAAGGUUAAAAUCAACCUAAAUAAUCAAACUAGAAUAAUCUGCGAUUAUCAUCACAAUUUAAUUUUAGUCUUUUAACUGUUUAAACUUUAGUAAAGUUGAGAUAUUAAAUUGUGAUAUUUGUUACUUUUAAAGUAACAAAAAAUAAGAUUAAAACAACUUAGUUUUUAAACUGCGUUUAAAAAAAUGACUUAUAUAAUAUUCGUUUGUUUUUUAUCCAUAUUUACAUAGUUUACCUAUUAAACUUAAUCAUUGGUAAAAUAUGUUUAAAUAUAAUCGCUUACUUUCGAUGCAUAUAUAAACUUAAAUGCUAAUCAAUGAAACCAAAUACCGUUCGAUUGUAAAAACGAUUUACUUUUAAUCUGCGUACGAAAAAUGACUCAGCUUCCUAUAUUUAGUUAUUUAAGUAACAUUGCGUACAUCGAAAUUCGAUAAAAGCAAGUUCAAUUAUUAUUUUGUAUUAUCGAUCAGUAAAGGUUUAUCAAACUUCAAUAUAAUACUUAUCAUUUGAAAUAGAUUGAUUUAGUCGGUAAAAAAUUAGAGAUUAGACUAUAACUUUUUUCAAAGAGACUGACUUAUACGAUAUUAUCGGUUUAAGAUAUAUAUGUAAAAUAAGUUUCACAAUGGUUUCUUGUGAUUUUUGUACUGAUUCGUUCGCAUCGCUCAUAUCAUUAAAAUUACAUAUGAAACUAAAGCAUAACAAUGUUUUCUAUCAUGAAGUGCAAUGUAGUUUUAGUGAUGGUUUGACAAAUUUAGUAAUUCACAUUCCGUAUUAAGACAUUUAAAAACUUGUCAUAAAAUACCUGAAAAUGCGACCCUGUCUGAAGCGCCUGUACCCAAUAAUUACGAGCCACAAUUAGAUAUAUCCAAAGAAAAAUCUCAAGAACAAAUAUUAUCAGAAAGUUUUAAUGAACUAUCUGAAACCGAUGAGGAGUUUUGUGAUGCAUCUAUUAAUGUGGACCAAAACGACGCUCAAUUAGACCAUGGUAGUAAACCAGAAGAAAUUACUAUAGAAGAGUGUGUAAAUAGGGUAUUUUCUUAUGCUUUACAAUUCAUAACACAUAUGUACGCUUUCAGUAAUUUAUGUCGAAAGUCGGUCAAUGAAAUUAUUAGGUGCAUGUGCGAUGAUUACAUAACAAAUUGCAUUGAUCUUAUACAGAAAAAAUUUGCAAAUAUUAAGGAUUUAUUUACUAUAACAGAAUUAAUAAAAAAUGGUUUCAAUCGAUUCAAAACAGAACAUUUGACAUUUAAAUAUCUUGAAAAAAUGAAUUAUUAUUUCCCCCCAAAACAAAUUAUAGUAAAAUCAUUUUUAAAAACUAAAAAAAGGAAACAAAUAAAGAAAAUAAGAAUUAUUAAAAAUAGUUUAAGUUUAAUCCCUAUAAAUUUAGUGCUAACAAAAUUUUUAGAACUGCCGAAUGUUUUUAAUACAAUUUUACAGUAUAUGGAAAAAAUAAAACAUAACCCUUUUAUUGAUUCAGUCAUAAAAGCAGAUUUUUGGAAAUCAAUACAAAAUAAAAAUGAGAAAAUAAUAUUCCCCUUGACUCUUUAUUUUGAUGACGUCGAGAUCAACAAUGCUCUUGGCACGCACAGAACUAUUUAAAAAAUUGGAGCAUCAUAUUUAUCAAUACCAGUAAUACCAAAUAAAUAUUACAGUAAGCUAGAAAACAUUUUUCUUUUUCAAUUGCAUAGUUACGAAAAUCACAAAAGUUUGGGCAAUCAAAGAAUGUUUAACAAAUUAAUUGAUAAAUUAGUCAAGCUAGAAACGAAGGGGAUUUCGAUUAAUAUCGACGGCGAAAAAAACAAGUAUUCUUUGUAUUAAUGUUUAUUGUUGGUGACAAUUUAGGAUUAAAUACUAUUUUAGGAUUUCCCAAAAGUUUCAAUGCCUUACAUUGCUGUCGAGUGUGUAUUAUUCCUAAAGCUAAAUUAAAAAAGUGAACAAAAGAAAAUGUAAAAUAUUUAAGAUCAGAGGUAGCCUAUUCUAAACAGCGCGAUGACUAAAUAUUUGGCUUACUAGAAAAAUGUGCUUUCAAUAAAAUUCCUAAUUUCCAUGUAUUACAGAAUUUGUCAGUAGACCCAAUGCACCAUUUGCUAGAGGGUAUAUACAGAUAUGAUGUUGCCAAAAUUUUAGAUGAUUUUAUUAAUGUUGUAGAAUUUUUUUCUCUUGAGAUUUUAAACGAAAGGAUAUCUAGUUUUAAUUAUGCGAAUAAUAGCAAUAUUCCACCUCCAUUAAAAUUAGACUCUAUUAAUAAUCAUUUAAUAAUUUUAUCAGCAUCUGAAAUGUUCCAUUUAGUCAGUAACUUGGGUUUAAUCAUAGGCGACUUGAUACCAUUUAAAAAUAAACAAUGGCAGUGCUAUUUACUCUUAAGAGAAAUUCUGAUAAUAUCAGCGGCAGAGGCAAUUACUUUGGAAAUUAUUAACCGAUUCGAAUCAUUAGUUACAAAAUAUUUGACAUUAUAUAAACGCCUAUUUAAUUCAAGUUUAAAAUUUAAACAUCAUAAUUUACUUCAUUACCCGCGCAUUAUGCGCAUGUUUGGCCCAUUGAAAUUCAUGUCUAGUAUGCGAUUCGAAGCCAAACAUAAGCAAUUAAAAGAAACUAGCAAAAAUACAACUAGUCGCCUAAAUCCUUCAAAAACUUUGUCAAUAAAACAUCAAUUAAAAUUUUGUUAUAGGUUAUUAAAAAAUCAAGGAUUUACAAAUAACAUAUCUUUUGGGACUGAAAAAUUGAAGUUAAAAAAUUCAUUGCAUUUCACACAUUUUAAAAAUGUAUUAUUAUCAAAAAAUUUUACUAAAGAUUGUUAUAGCUGGAUUAGUAUAUAUGGCACUCGGUACGAAUGUAGUGAUAUCAUUAACGUAAACUCAACUCCAUUUGAUGUAUGUUUUGCAAAAAUUGAACAUAUAAUUAUGAACGAUGCGAACCAAAUCUUAUUUAUUUAUAGGAAAUUAAUGGCAAAAAAAAAAUGACCAUGUCAGUGAUUAUGAAUUGUCGGACUCUUCUGAAUGGGGAGUGGUUGAUCACGAAACUCUAGUAGAUUACCGUGCGUAUAAAAUACAUACUAUGUCUGAUAGAAAAAAAUACGUUCCAUCAUUUUGUAUCAAAUACACUUAAGAUGUAAAAGAUUAAUAAAAUACUAUUCAUAAAUAAGAAAAAA